AUGCUGGAAACGGUCACUAUCUAUGAUGAAAUCGAAAUUGAUGAUUUCACUUAUGAUUCAACCACCCAACUUCUCCAGUAUCCAUGUCCAUGUGGGGACCGAUUUGCCAUUGCACUAGAUGAUCUUUUAGAUGGAGAAGACAUCGCGGUUUGUCCUUCCUGUUCCUUGAUGGUUCGGGUGAUUUUUGACGAAGACGAUUUAAAGCAAUUCGUGCAGGACCCUUGA